AUGGAGAAACCCUCAGAGACAGGAGUUGUGGGAGUCUUAAUACAAAAAACAUCAAUAGAAAAAUGCCCCGUGUAUUUUCAAGAGAACCUGAACAAAACAAGAGACUGGCUUUCACACCAAAAUAAGUGCUUUCAUGUUUCUCAAGUUUCCAACACUAGGAAGGAAGGACAAGCUGACUGUGAUAGGAAAGGAGCCACUUUGCUGCUCAUUCAAGACCAAGAAGAUCUAAUCACUGGUGACGAUAUAAAGGAUAGCUGUGCCACCAUCUCAAUGGACCAAGUGUUUUCUGAGAGCUGUGAUUCAGACAGACAUUGGAUCUACCAAAAGGAACUAAAACUCAAAACCGCAUUUCAUGACUCCUAA